AUGCUACCUGACGACAAGUCCUUCAGAAUACUACGGCGUGCCAAAGACAGCGAAUUUGACAGCGAUGCGACAACACCUUACACACUUCAGCCCAGCAGCACGUUUGCGUCCGAGGACUCACGCUUGAGCAGGGCCACAACAAUAGUUGACGAUGGCGUCGACCACACCAAGGGAUGCUUGGGGCUGAACUUGCUCCACUGUCCGUCCGACCCUCGAAUCGAUUUCGUCUUUGUCCACGGACUGGGCGGUGGAUCACGCAAGACAUGGAGCAAAACGUCAUCCAUCAGCCAUUACUGGCCACAAGAAUGGCUCUCGAAAGAUCCAGCGUUCCAGUACGUCAGAGUCCAUAGUUACGGAUACAACUCAGACUGGGCCAAAGGAAAGGACAAUUGUCUCAACGUCCACCAUUUUGGUAAAUCCCUCUUGGGCGAGCUGGUAACUUCUCCCCAUCUAUCCAACGCGGCGACUCCCAUCGUCUUGAUAGGCCACAGUAUGGGUGGCUUGGUCAUCAAGAAGACAUACCUCCUGUCACGCCAGGAUGAUUCAAUGUCGUCGUUGGCAAAGAGGCUCCACAGCAUGUACUUCCUUGCCACACCACAUCGGGGCUCCGACUCGGCCAAGCUGCUCAAGAAUAUUCUGCAAAUGGCCAGCUCUACCCGCGCCUACGUCGAUGAUCUAGAUAGGAAUUCAGGGGCAAUCCAGAGUAUCAAUGAAGAGUUUCGCAAUUUCUCCGGCGAGAUCAAGCUAUGGUCCUUCUAUGAGACUCAGAAGCUUAACAUUGGCAUGAUGAGUCGACUCAUCGUCGAUCCGGACUCCGCCAUUCUUGGUUACAAAGAAGAAAUACAGAUGCCGAUGAAUGCGGACCAUCGCUCGAUCUGCAAAUUCGAUUCGCCAACAGAUCCAAACUAUGUUAUCAUCCGCAACUCCCUGGCUAGUACGGUGGAUGACAUUCUGAAAGAACAGUUGGCGCUGAAACCAGAUUCAACAACUCAAAUUACCAAAUUGAAGAAGUAUCUCAGCGUGUCUUCACUUUAUGAGGAUGAUUUGGUGGCUGCGGAAGACGCGCGGAUGCGUGGAACGUGCGAGUGGUUAGCUGAAAAACAGUCAUACAUGGAUUGGAGAGAUUCCAAAACGGGCCACCCAAAUCUUUUAUGGAUAAGUGGCAGGCCUGCGGCUGGAAAAUCCGUUCUAUCAGGUUUCAUAAUCGACGACUUGCAGCGACUGGGAAUUCCGUGCAGCUACUUUUUCUUCCGUCACGGAGACAAAACAAAAUCUCGGCUCGGAACGGCCUUACGACAUCUAGCAUUUCAAAUGGCUCAAAAUGAUCGCAGCGUUCUCGAUCAAGUCUCGGCGAUGCAGGAACAAGAUGAACAUCUAAAUGACGCCAACGACGCAAGCCUUUGGCGGAGAUUAUUUGUGAACUGCAUUCUCCAAGCACAGUUCUCCCAACAUUUUUGGGUCAUCGAUGGAAUGGACGAAUGCAUGAAUUAUGCACCAUUUCUGGAAUCAAUGCUCGCAAAACUUGAUCGGAAGGUGGCUCUGAAAAUCCUGAUCACCAGUCGAGACACGCCAGAUCUCUGCAAGUCUUUCAUGAGUCUCGACGGACACUGUGUCGCAACCGAGAGAAUAAGUUCGGCCGACACGCUCCGUGAUAUCAAUAUCCUGGUUGAGGAAAAGUCAAGAUGCUUCAAUGUCGAGAGCGAAAAGCACAGAAUGAGUUUGGUGCAGAAGGUCAUCGACAAGGCACAAGGAUCAUUUUUGUGGACAACUCUUGUUCUUGGCGAAAUAUCGAAUGCUUACAGCAAAGAAGAAAUCGAUUCGAUUUUGCAAGAAGUGCCUCCAGGGAUGGAAGAUUUAUACCACAGGAUUUUGCAGUCGAUGUCUCGACUUUCUCGAGGAAAGCGGCUCGCCAAAGCGAUUCUGACCUGGACAGCAUGUGCAACUCGACCUCUGCUACUGGCGGAGCUGGAUGGAGCCAUCAGGAUACAGCUUAAAGAGGAUAUCACUAGGCUGGAUGAGACUAUCACGACCUUGUGCGGCCAACUCGUCACGGUCGAUAAGUCUGGCAGAGUCCAGAUGGUUCACGAAACUGCCAGAGAAUUCUUAUUGAGCCAGGAGGUUGGGUCAGAAUUCUGUGUUCGGAGCAUCGAUGCUCACACUCAACUCGCAAAGACAUGCCUGACUUACUUGACCAGCGAUGAGAUGAAGCCUCCCCGAACAACUCGACGAGGAUCUAACAUCCAAUCAACCACUACGAAAUCGAGCUUUUCCUCGUAUGCCUGCUCAUCCUUUUCUCACCAUCUAGCACGAGCGGACCCUGUGGCCCAUGAUGUACUACCGCUUGUCGACAAACUUUUAAGCUGCAAUGUGCUCUCCUGGAUCGAAUUCGUAUCCCGCACGGGUGAGCUUGCUACCCUGAUUCGAGCCGCAAAGCAUCUCGAGAAGUACGCGAAGGCUUUAGCCGCAGAACGGUCGCCGCUUGGAAAAGAGAUACAGCGAAUACGUGGCUGGGCGACAGAUUUGGUCCGUCUGUCAGCCAAAUUCUCGACUGCACUUGUUGACUUUUCGCCGGCCAUCUUUACGCUCAUUCCACCACUUUGCCCGUCGGAGUCCGAGAUCUACAAGGCAUCCAAUGCCGGUCGGAAGCUUUCUGUUGUUGGUGUGUCUUCGAAACAGUGGGACGAUCGUUUGUCUUGUGUUGCCUUCCGAGAGGGCCAAUCCAGUGCUCUAUGUCACGGGCAAGAUUUCUUUGCCGUUGGUCUUACCACCGGAGUCAUCGCAAUAUACUACGCCAACACGUCCCAGGAAUACUUGGUCCUGAAUCAUGGAGAGCCUGUAAAGUUUGUCCGCAUCAAGCAUCGUCCAAGAUUGCUGGCUUCAUGCGGGAUGAAGACGGUCAAAAUUUGGGACAUUGACACUGGUCAGCCUCUGCAUGUCCUUGCUGCUCCCCCGAGGCCUAUUGCUCUAGAAUUCAAUAACGACUUCCUUCUUGUGGCGACAUCCAAAGGGCAGCUUCGGACAUGGGAUCUUGUCAAUCAAGCAUCUGAGCUCACUGAUCGACCAUGGAGUGACGAUGAUGGUUCCACUCCCCUUCGUGGCCAACCAUCUGCGAUCUCAAUUUCGAUACCACAUCAAAUGCUGGCGGUGGCGUACAAUGGCAAAUCGAUCAUUCUGUGGGAUCUAGAAGCUGACAGCUACUACGGCGACACCGGCAAGAAGCUGGCGAGCGGCGAGAGCAGCACGCAUCCCGUCACCGCUUUAGUCUUCAACCCAAACCAAGCUGUCGAAAUGCUCGCCGCAUCAUACCUGGAUGGAGAGCUAGUCAUACUUGACCCCUUCAACGACCAAGAAGUCGUAAGCUGCCGAGCGCAAUGUCCUACGAUCGCUGCCAGUCCCAACGGGAGGUUUCUAGCCGGCGCCCCGGGAGGCGGCGUGCUUCACAUCUACGAAUUUGAUACCUUGAAGCUGUUGUAUCGGGUUCAAGCCGACAAUACGUACAUCAGACAAAUCAGCUUUAGCCACGACAGUCUGCAUUUGGCUGACAUCCGCGGAUCACAAUGCAAUGUCUGGGAGCCAACCGCUCUUUGGGGUGGAAUACUUGGUGACGGAAGCAGCGAGGACAGUUCAAGCUCUGUUGUCGAUAUCGUCGUGGCUGACACCCGGGCCAAAGUCACUGCCAUUGCGGUGCCACCCACUGGUCUUGUGGCUUUUGUCGGCAAGAACGAUGGUUCUGUAUCGUUAUAUGAUCUGAGAACCGGAACUAUCAGCCACGAGCUUUACAGCCACAAGUCUCCAGUGCGCGUCAUCGCGUGGAAGCUUCAAAAGUCGCCCCGACAAGGAUGGACGCCUGAAGCGGAAUUAUUUCGAUCUCGACUUGUUUGCGGUGACUCGAUUCAACAGGUGUUGCUUUGUGAGAGCGAUGACCGAUUAAUUCUAUCGACGCGUGGCUCUGACCAUCUUUGGAGCUUUGACGGGUCCCUCAUCGGUACUACGGAGAAGAAAGGCAAUCCAGAUACUCAAAAAUGGUUUCAGCACCCGCAAAACGCCGCUUUUGUUGCAGAGAUACUGAGGCAGCGGGGAUGCAUGAUGCCGCCCAUGCGCUACUUUUUGUAUCAGAUACUCAAGAAUUCGGACGCCGACUGCUCUGUGGACGGAGAACAUGACGUGGAAUUGACUGGAGCAGAUCGUGCUAGCACAACAUGGAAUGAUCAAUUAUCAGCUCUUUCAAAGCUUGGAGGUCAUAUAUUGGACGUCACAUCCAACGGCAGGCUCAUAUUUAUCGACAAGAAGUCCUGGGUAUGUUCCAUGGACGUCCAGAGUGUCGGAACAGAGAGCUUGACGAAAUACUCCCGGCACUUUUUCAUACCGCAUGAAUGGCUUGCAGGUUCUAGCCAUGUAAUAUGCUCCGUGAGUUCCAACGGAAAGGAAAUUGUCUUUGCUAGGAAUGAUGACGUUGUCGUGGUCAAGAAUGGACUUGAAUUUGCCGAGCAGGUGGGCGGCGACCUUGUUGGUUCUACGAGUGUUUCCAAGGCAGUCAGUCGUCUGAAGGUUCCAAUGCGAGGAGUUGAUUGA